CCGGCUCAGGUUCCCGGGCGGGGGGAUCACCUUACGGCCGGCGGGGAGCCAGCCCCAUCCAUAAUUCAGCAGCGCCGCAGGGAUGCAGCGGGCGGGCAGGCACGGCCAGCGGCCCCCCGAGGGCGGCCCCAUGGAGAACGGUGUGGGGCAGGAGCCGGGGACCCCCGAGCCGCCCGGCCCCGCAGCUCCCCGGGCUCCCCGCAGCCGCCCCAGGCUGGUGUUCCACACGCAGCUGGCCCACGGCAGCCCCACGGGGCGCAUCGAGGGCUUCACCAACGUCAAGGAGCUCUACGCCAAAAUCGCCGAGGUCUUCGACAUUUCGCCCACCGAGAUCCUCUUCUGCACGCUCAACACGCACAAAGUGGACAUGCAGAAGCUGCUGGGGGGACAGAUUGGCCUGGAGGAUUUCAUCUUCGCCCACGUCCGGGGCGAGACCAAGGAGGUGGAGGUGACCAAGACAGAGGACGCGCUUGGCCUCACCAUCACAGACAACGGGGCCGGCUACGCCUUCAUCAAGGUGAACCCCCAGGACCGUGCUGGGGCUGGCACAGCCCUGGGGACUGUGGCCCUGCAGGUGACAUCCCCUGUGCAUCUCCUCCCUGGGACCAGGCUCCUCCCUGACUCCCCACUUCAGCCCUUCCCUGGCUCCACCCUGGCCCUGGGGGUCUUCCCUGCCAUGGGGAGGUUUGGGAGAGCUUCCCUGCCUGACCUGGCUACCAAAGGGCAUGGGACCCCUGAGGUGGUUGUGUGUGGGUCGAGAUGGGGGCUGUGUCUGACUGUCCCAUUGUGCCAUCACUGUGUGCCUGUCCCACCCGGUCCCCAGAGGAUCAAGGAGGGGAGCAUCAUCAACCGGCUGCAGACAGUGUGUGUGGGGGACAGCAUCGAGGCCAUCAACGACCACACCAUCGUGGGCUGCCGGCACUACGAGGUGGCCCGGAUGCUGCGGGAGCUGCCGCGGGCUCAGCCCUUCACCCUGCGCCUGGUCCAGCCCAAAAAGGCCUUCGACAUGAUCGGGCAGCGGACACGGACAGGAAAAUCCCCAGGCGAAGGCAGAGUAGUGGCCAGCGGGAAGGAAACGCUGCGGCUGCGGACACAGGGUCCGGCCGUGCUGGAGGAGGAGCCCAGCCCCUCCGAGGAAGAAGCUGCCCGGCGAGUGGACGAUCUGCUGGAGAGUUACAUGGGCAUCCGCGACAGCGAGCUGGCCUCGACGAUGGUGGAGGCGGCCAAGGGCAGCCCCAGCGUAGCCCAGCUUGCCCAAGGGCUGGACUCGGUGCUGGGAGAGUUUGCCUUCCCCCAGGAGUUUGUGGCCGAGGUGUGGGCAGCCGUCUGCCACGCCAAGGGGAAUAAGGAGUAGCUGGGGGGCAGGUGUUGCCCCUCGCUUUUGUCCCCUCCCCAUGUCCCCACCUCAUCCCCACCCCAUAUGGGGCUGAGGUGCUGGUGGGGGUUCCCAUCCUGCCCCUCACACCCACCUGAGCAGCACCUAGAUCUGUCCCUUGGGUUGGGGGGCAGAAGGGACCCAACCCAAGCACCUUCCUGAGGAUCCCCCUUGCACACCCCCCCCAAAUGUGGUGGGCAGUGGCUGUGGCUCAUUAAAGGAGAGAUUGAA